AUGGCCACGACCGUGAUCCUCGGCGCAGGCAUCAUCGGCACCUCAACCGCCUACUACCUCUCCAAACACCAGCCCGGCUCCAGCAUCCACGUCGUCGAGGCAUCCCCGGAGCUCUUCGCCUCCGCCUCGGGCUACGCGGGCGGCUUCCUCGCGAAGGACUGGUUUGGUCCCGCGGCCGCGGCCCUGGGCGCCCUCAGCUUCGAGGAGCAUCGCAAGCUCGCCGAGAAGGAGGACGGGGCGCGCAGAUGGGGGUACGCACGGAGCACGUCAAUUAGUCUGGCGCAGGCGGCGGGGUCGAGGAAGGGGGGCAGCGUCGAUGUCUGGUGUCGCGAGGGCGCGAGCCGGGCGGAGGCUGCGAGCGGGGGUGGAGAUGGGGAUGGCAUCGGUGAUGCGCUGGCGGGUGUUGCGCUGCCGUGGUUGAGGAGGGCGGAGGGCGAUGCGGUGGAGGUUAUUAGUGAGGAGGGGACUACUGCACAGGUAGAUCCACUGGAACUAUCGCGAUUCCUCCUACAAAGGUGCCAGGAAGCAUGUGUUCACCUACACCAUCCCGCCAAAGCAUUAUCUAUCGCGGCAGACGUCCGCGGCGAACUCUCCAGCAUCUGCAUCGCCGACACGCAGUCCAGCUCCGAGACUGACGUGCCCUGCACCAACAUCAUCAUCGCGGCCGGCGCAUGGUCAGCCCAGGUCUUCGCCACCCUCUUCCCUACUUCAACCACAAAACUGCCCGUCUCGAGUCUCGCGGGACACUCACUGGUAGUGAAGUCCCCGCGCUGGCUACGGGAACACGAGGAGAAGCUAGGUUGUCACUCGGUCUUUAUGACCAGCACGCAACCGGGCUAUUCACCCGAGAUCUUCUCCCGCAUCGGCGGGCACAUCUACAUCGCGGGCCUGAACUCGGCGACGGAGCCGCUGCCGGCGCUGGCUACGGAUGCGAAGGCGGGAAUCUCGCAAUCGGCUAUCGAGACGUUGCGGGACACGGCGAGGGAGGUGCUGGGCAAGGGCUCGGUAGAGGAUGACUUGGAAAUCGUCAGGGAGGGCUUGUGUUUCCGGCCCGUGACGGAUCGGGGCACGCCGAUACUCGGCCGGAUUCCGGAUCGGUGUCUCGGGGACGGCGUGGCUACGAGGACUGGGGCUGAGGGCGGUGUCUAUCUUGCUGCGGGCCAUGGACCUUGGGGUAUAAGCAUGUCUCUCGGGACGGGGAAGGUUGUGGCGGAGAUGGUGCAGGGGAGGGGGUUGAGCGCUGAUGUGUCGAUGUUGAGCUUGCGGUAG